CGCCCUCUUCCAGGCCGUGCACCUGCUUGGAGAAUCCGCUGUUUGACCCAGCAUCCCGCCCGAGUAGAGCAUCGCGCACCGAGCCAUGACAGCACACUCCUUUGCCCUCCCAGUCAUCAUCUUCACCACAUUCUGGGGCCUCAUCGGCAUCGCUGGGCCCUGGUUCGUGCCCAAAGGACCCAACCGCGGGGUGAUCAUCACCAUGCUGGUAGCCACUGCUGUCUGCUGUUACCUCUUCUGGCUCAUUGCCAUCUUGGCCCAGCUGAACCCCCUGUUUGGGCCACAAUUGAAGAAUGAGACCAUCUGGUAUGUGCGCUUCCUGUGGGAGUGACCACUGAGUGAUCAGCUGGCUUCUGGCCCCAG